GAGCCGGAAGGGAUGGUCUGCUUAUACGGAAUGCUCUCGGCCUUGUUCGUCCACCACCUCUACUUGCGAGGUAAUGUGGAGCAGCCAGAGCCCGAGGAGGACGACAAAGAAGUCUUCAGGCUUUCUACCGACCUCGCAAGGCUGAUGAUCGUGAACAAGAACAACUGUCUGGACUUCUUUGACUCGUCGAACUGGCCUUUGACGUUGGCACAGCUUGUGGCCACCUUGAAGCCGACUGAAGUGGACAAGACGCUUCGUUUGGAGAUCCAGCCCGAGAGGAAGUUCGUUCCAUGGCUGCUGCCCAACUUCGGCUCUGCUGCCGCGGCGCUCGCCAAGAGCAGCGACGUGCACGGGACUUCCUUGGUCGCGUACAUCACUGGCACGCAUGCGGCCCUUGCCCGCGAGCCAGCAGAGAUGCUCACUCGUUUCGCAUCGAGCCUUCUGGGCAUUGGGAUGGCUGCCGUCAUGGAAGUCGCUGACGACACACAUUGCGGUUUCCUGGGCUGUCACCCUGCAGAAAACAGAGAGGAGGUCGAGCCCCUGCUGCCCUCCCUCGGUCUGCGCGAGAUGAUGGGGGUCGGCUUCCAGCCUGUCGGUCUGCGAGAGCUGGGUCAAAAGCACUUUCGCCCACGCUGGACCGCGCUUGACAUUAUUGACUUGCCAGGACUACUGUCAGAAUUCCAAGAACGCUUCCGCCAGCAUUCGCUGAGCCGGGCGGUGGACAUUGCAGUUUGCACUUCUCCGGCUGUGCUUUGCUUGCUUCUGUUGCCCUUCAAUCGCCCGCUGCUGGCGUACUUGGGCGAGCCUCUCCUCUUGUCUGUAGACGAGAGUGGCCGCGACAAAUGGUUCGAGCAGUUCGACAGCCUGGCAACCGACCCACAUCACUUCUUCACUUGCUAUAACCCCUUCUUGUCCUCCAUGAUCGAGUAUCAGACGGGAUUAAUCCUACCCACCAUCCGCCUCCACGGCCUCUACACCGAGGUCAGCUACACACCCAGUGGCCGCAGAGGAGAGGAGGUGCUUGUCAUCAAAGGACCGAACAUCUGCACCGAUUCGGUGUGUGUCCUGAACAAGUUCCUCAGCAACCUCCUGGGCCAGAGCAGUGCCGGAGGCACAGCGGAGGACGGGGGCAACUACAAGUUGAAGUUUGUCGGCUUAGACGAGCUUGGUGGCGCAUCGUACGAAGAGAUGGCAUCCUUCAAGGCAACAGUGCUAUACCCCUAUGACGUGGCACUCGCUAUCUUCUACGAGCUCUAUUCCAUGGGAAUGCCACUGCUUUUGCCGCACGAAAGGCUGCUGCCAUUCUUUGUCUUCCGUGGCCUCCACAGUGCGGCGGAAUACCAUGCCGUCAGGGCCAAGCCAGACGGAUCCGGCAACUACCCCGGCGCUGGAUUGGGCUGCCCUCCCUUCGUGCCUCCCAUGGAGCCGGAGAAGUGGUUCUACGCGGGCAGCCAGUGGAGUUGGCGCACGGACUUUGCCAAGUUUCCAUUCAUACUCCGCUUUGGGAGCGUCGCCGAGCUCCUGAGCUUCUUCACACCGGAAGGGGCCGACUGGUGGGCGACCUCCCGCAGCAUGCGCCGCUUUAACCAGGAGACCCUGACGCAGUCGGCGGCGAGCUGGGCCUAUGGAGUUGCCGCCGUGCUGGCGGGGCGCGGAGGAGCCGAGCGUGCUGCGACAAGUUCCUGA